AUGGCAUCCUUUUCCCUCCUACCCACUGAGCUCGUUGAAUGCAUUGUAUCAUACCUUCCCCAACACGACAUAUAUGCUGUAUGCAGACUCAACAAAGCACUCUCCAAUCUAGCUACACCUUUCUUGUACCGCCAUGUUGAUCUGUUCAUCCCGCCCGAGAGCAAACUACCCAGGAUCGAUCGCUUCUGCCUAAAUAUUAUCAAUGACAACCGUAAAGCCAACAAUGUCGAGUCGAUACGCCUGGGACUAUCACCUAGCAGAAAUGUUCGACAAGGUCAGCGGUGGUUGCCACCAGACAAAAACUUCGACGAUCAGUUGAUGUUUCGGAAAGCCAUGACCGCAUUGAGUGAUGAGACGCUGGUUGCUGCGGGGGAUUAUCUAAGAGAUGCAAUCAGUAUGCGCGAGUACUCUGCCUACGCAGCCCUCAUUUUGCUUGUCCUCCCAACCCUUCGCCGACUUGACGUAGCAGACUACAAGUCCGCAACAUUCGACCACCUGCACAACAUCCUCCGUAACCUCGACCCCGGAACUGUCUGGAACCGACGCUACCCUUCACGAGUUCUUCUCGACCGUCUAUCAUCCAUCAAACAAGUGUCCCUCAUGUUCGACCGCAUAACCGGCGUUGCGUAUCCUGGAGACAACAACCGUGAACCACUCGACCACUUCCUAAACAUCCCAAGUAUCGAAAUACUUGAACUCUUUAGUGUUGGCGGCAGACAAAAUCAAGAUCCAAUUGCUGCACAUCUCACAUAUCCAUUAGUACGUCAUCUGAGGGCUACUAACAUCACAGCAUUAGUAUUCCGACAAUCGGGCGCAUUCACGUCGGCUUUGCAUUCCUUACUACAAUGCACGCCCAAACUACGAUCCCUCACCUACGACUUCUUCUUCCACAGCCCCUUACCAUCAAACUAUCGAGGUCACCUCCUCAUGCUAGACGCCUGGAACGAGUACCUGCGUCCACUCGCCCCAACCCUAGAAGUCCUCGUCUUCAGCGCAGAAUACUGCGACACAUCCGCCUACUUCUUCGCACAACCCCACAUCGGCGAGAAACUCCACGGCUACCUUGAUCUCACCCCCUUCACCGCACUGCACACGUUAGAAGUCCCCUUCCCCUUUCUAACCGGAGACGUCGACUUCUCCAUCACCAAAGAAAUCCACCCUUUAUUCCCUCCAAAUCUGCGCCAUCUCACACUACGACCUGACCUCUCGCACGCCCAUCUCCCUUUUCCAUUCGACUCCUCCAUCCUUACCCAAGGUCUCACAUUUGCAGAAUCAAAACUAGAAGCGCAAUACCUAAUGAACGCACGCAUGGACGUAUCCUACAUGUUCCAAGCCUCCCUCACUCUCCUCGAUUUCGCCAAUCCCACUACCCUCGAAUCAAUUUCUGUGUGGCAGCCUGCCGAUGCAUCACUCGAGUGGUUCGAUGGCCAGAUUAAAGACUUUUCGACGACGUGUCGAAAUAAGGGUAUUACGGGCAGGAUUCUGGAACCCAUGUUGCUUAGGUGGAAGAAGGCAGAGCAUUGGGAUUUGAUCAAGGAAGUUACGGUUUUUGAAAGGAAGGAGCCGGGGUGGGGGUGCGUGGAGAGGUUUUGGAGGGGCGAGUGGGAGGGGAGGCCGGUCGGGUUGGGCCUUCAGUUUCAUUUGGAGGCGUUGGAGAAGGGGAGGGUUAGACUGGGGAGAUAG